UUUCAUUCUGAUCAGAUCAAUUCGGUGUUAUUCUAAGAUUGAAGAACCGUUUUGUUGUGUCAAUAAUAAACACCAAAUUUCACGAAUAAAUAUAAAAUUAUCCUCUUCAAUUCAAACUCGAAAUCAAAUGUCUGAUAAUUGUUCAUAAGACUCAUUGUUUUCCUAAAUGAAACAGUGCGCAGUUAAGCAGUGAAGCGUUCAGAGCCACGAAGUACAUUUAAUAUGUCUAUCGUUAACGCUCAGUCCCUCCUAUGUGAUAUUUUGAAACAAAUGAUGAAAGAGAAAAAAAUUGAACAUUACAAAUUCAACAUCGAUGGUGAUUCCAACAACUCAGAUGGAUACAUGGGAGAAAUAGUAUUCUUUCACGUGAUAUUGGAUAAUAAUGAACGACUCAAUUUAGUAUUGAAAUCUGCAAAACCCCAUGAAACUCUUAAAAAGAUUCUUGCCUCGGAUAUUCUCUACAAUAGAGAAUUUCUUAUGUACACCAAAGUUUUUCCCGAGUUGGAAAACUUCACGAAGAGUAAAAAUGUUCAGGACAUGGCCACAUUUAUACCGAAAGUUUGGUUUGCUGAAAAACACUCAGAUCAAGUGAAUAUCGUUCUGGAGAACCUGAAAGUACAAAAUUUCAAUAUUUGUGACAGAAAAAAGCCUAUGGAUUCAUCUCAUAUGCGAAUACUUUUCGAUACUUACGGAAAAUGGCAUGCAAUAUCAAUGGCUUUCAGAGAUCAACAUCCAGAAAAAUUUUCAAGUCUAGUUGAAAAUUGGGUAGAUCCCAGAUUAAAGUUAAUCAAAAGUCUCGGUUUGGUGAAAUAUCAUGGUAUAGAUUUAUCAGUCGUGAAAAAUAUGUCGAUUGAGCGAAAAAGAUUUGAUGUAGUGAAAGUAUUGGAGAGUAUUGAAGAUCAAAUGGAAGAUAUUUUAUUCAGGAAGAAUUCAGAAGAUGAAGAUUUGCUGAUUAUAAGUCAUGGAGAUAAUUGGUGCACUAACUAUAUGUUUAAAUAUAAGGAGAGCGAAGGGACGUCUACGCCAAAUGAAGUUUUCUUCUUAGAUUUCCAAUUUUCAAGACUAGACUCUCCUGCUCUGGAACUUAGCAGUACACUUUACAACAUGGGAGAUAAAGAAACCUUCAAAGAUUUUGAUAACCUUCUCAAUAUCUACUACAAAUCUUUUUCGAAAACUAUGAAAUUAUUGGGAAGUAAUCCUGCUGAAUUAUUCACCAUGGAUGACCUCAAAAGCCAUUGGAGAAGACAUGGUGUGUAUACUGUUUUAUACGUCUUCAUUUUCCUACGUAUUGCGCUAUGUGAUGCGGAUGACGCUCCAGAUCUAAUCAAAAUGGCUGAAGAUGGGACAGAUUUUGAGGGUUCCUUUUCGUUUCAGACAAAAAAUAUGGAGAUUUUUUGGGAAAGAGCCUAUGAUAUUUUUGUACAUUAUGCAGAGUUUAUAAAUAAACUUUCACCUAAAUGAG